AUGGCGAAGUUGAAUAAUGAUCAAAGGAGGAGUGGUUUUCGAGGUGGAUUGAGUGGCCAUAGGGCUCAGUUCAAGUCUAUGAAGAAGGACAUGUUGUAUUUUAAGUACGACAAAGAGGGCACACAAAACCUGAGUGUCUGUAAAGUAAGAAGGGAGGUGCUGAAAGCAAGGAAGUUACAAGUCCUAAGGUGGGGCAAUGAAGGUGAGCAAGGAUGUUCUAACCGUGAUGAAAGGGAAGAGAGUGUCAGGAUGUGUGAGCACGAUUGCUUCGUCUAUGUGAGGAAACUUGUGGAUGGGUUUCUCAUUUUUCUGUUCCUAUAUGUUGACGAUAUGCUGAUUGCUGCCAAAGAUAUGACCGAGGUAAAUCGGUUGAAGACUCUAUUGGGAAAAGAGCUCAACAUGAAAAAUUUGAGUGUAGCCAGGAGAAUACUAGGCAUGGAGAAUCAAAGAGACAUAUCUGCAGGGAGACUAUAG